GGCUCGUCGAAGACAGGUUGUCAAGAAGUACGUGGGCCAUCGUGGUGGUCAUGUUUGGGGUCGUGCUGUUCGACUUUGCUGCAGAUUUCAUUGACGGACCAAUCAAGGCCUACCUGUUUGAUGUGUGCUCACACCAAGACAAGGAAAGAGGUCUACAUUAUCAUGCUUUAUUCACAGGACUGGGCGGAGCUUGCGGUUACCUGGUGGGAGCCAUGGACUGGGGUCACUCCGUUUUGGGGCAACUCCUGGGCUCUGAGUACCAAGUCAUCUACUUCUUCUCUGCCCUCACUUGGGGCAUCUUCCUUGCUGUGCACCUCUUCAGUAUUCCAGAGAAACCCCUGGCCAAAGUGCCUUCUGAAUCCUCACCUUCCAGUGCGCUCCUACUACUGGGCCCCCACAGUAAUGGGUACGGAGCGCUGGGGAAGGAGCCCAUCUCUCCUGUCAUCUCAACAUCCCCUACCGAUGUCAGGCCAAGGUCGUACUCGGCUCUCGGAGAGAGACCAAGAUCUUUCUCUGCUCUCGGUGAAGCCAACUCUGUGACUUCAAGUGCCAAGCAGCCAAUCAAGGAGGACCAGAAGAAGAUGACGUUCAGGUCUUUGAUGAAAGCGAUCUUCAACAUGCCAAACCACUACCGUUUCCUGUGCAUCAGCCACCUGCUGGGAUGGGCAGCUUUUCUCUGCAACAUGCUCUUCUUUACUGACUUCAUGGGACAGAUUGUUUAUAAGGGAAAUCCUUAUGCAGAACAUAACUCCACGGCUUAUGUCACGUAUGAGAGAGGAGUGGAAGUUGGCUGCUGGGGACUGUGUAUUAAUGCGGUUUCCUCCGCGCUCUACUCAUACGUGCAGCGCUUCCUCCUUCCAUACAUCGGCCUCAAGGGAUUAUACUUCAUGGGCUACUUUGUGUUCGGCAUGGGUACCAGUCUAAUCGGCCUCUUCCCGGAUGUCAUAGCCACGCUCAUCCUCUGCAGCGUGUUUGGUGUCAUGUCCAGCACGCUCUACACAAUCCCGUUCAACCUGAUUGCUGAGUAUCAGCGUGAGGAAGAGGAACAAAUAAAGCUCCAGGGAGGCAAUGAAAGCCCUCGAGGCACCGGAAUAGACUGUGCGGCGCUCACUUGUAUGGUCCAGCUGGCUCAAAUCAUUGUGGGGGCGGGACUCGGAGCUCUGGUCAACGCGGCAGGAAGUGUCAUCGUGGUGGUUCUUUCAGCUUCCUCCAUCUCCCUCAUAGGCUGCAUCUUCAUUGCUCUCUUUAUCAGAUAUGUGGAAUGAUAUUGCUUUUAAAAUAAAACUGUGCUGCUUUAUUAAAUAAAGAGUCUUUAAUAUAUCA